GAAAAGGAAGCCCGAAGCCUGGAAUGCAAUCCCUCAGCUAAAAGCUACAGCUAUUAAAAACGAAAAAGUCAAGGGAAAAAUCUCCCUCCCUCCAGGAACCUAGACUAUGAAGUAUGGAUUUUUCAGGAGGAUUCUCCAAGACGACAUCAGAGCUAGCAGCCGCCUGUCCCAAAACCAGGCUAUUGGCAUUGGUGUUGGGGUAGUCCUCAUUUUGAUUGUGGCGAUUACCCUGGGAGUGACUUUAGGAGGUAAAGGAGGUGAGAAAAACCUGGCUACACCAAGCCCAGACACAGAUAUGAGUCUUCCUUCAACUCCAGGUAAAGCUGAGUGUCUUCCAGACUGGAUGGCAGUAUACGACAUGUGCUUCAUACUUUCUACUGAAACCAAAGAUUGGAUGGCGAGCAAGGCAACCUGUGAGAACAAAAGGGCGACUCUCGCCAUAAUAACCAGACAACAACUGGACAUCCUGAAGAAAAACGUGAGCAGUUCCGACUACUGGAUUGGACUGAAAAAGGAUGGCACAGGCUGGGUUUGGGUUGAUGACUCAGCAUUCAACAAUGAGUUCAACAUCCGGGGAGCUGGGGACUGUGCCUACUUGGAUUCCAACAGCGUUAACAGUGCCGGAUGCAGCCAGCCCAGAAGGUGGAUUUGUUCCAAGCCACCUCAGAGUUCCUCAGGCUAAGAAAAUGUGCCAUCACGGGACUCACAUGUUAAAUGUUGUGCAAAGAUGGUUUUGUGAAGUGACGUAACUCCCACCUCCUUAGCUCCUGGAGAUUGUUUCAGGUCACAGUGAGGCCCUGCUGACUUAACUCUUAUGUCUCUUGCCACAGAGCGUCAGCAGGACUUCUCCCUCCCCCCUCCGUGUGGAGGCCCAUGGUGUUUGUGACUUCUUUCACUUUUCCCCUCCCCACCCUGCUCCAAAUGCUCCUCCUGACUACCCCUCAGGCCCCCCUGCCCCUCCUGGAAGUGCAGAUUUUGCAGACGGGGGAGGCUGCCCCAGCUGUCUGCAUUUCUGACUCUUGCUCUUCCUCUCCUUCUGAAGCCCGAUGGGCCUGUGGCUGCCUACACCUAGGGGGCUGGGCCAGGGUUUAGGGCUGCCGGGUCAGUGACAAACCCACUGGUGAAAGAUCCUCUGGGCUGUUUAUACGAUCAAAGAGUGGCAGACAUACCAGUAGGCCUUGAACGGUGCUAAUGAAUGACGUUGACAACCUCCCACAUAAGCUAGAGGUGAGUUGCAAACCUUCCCAGCCAGAACCGGAAAGGGCAGCACCUGGAUUCUGCUACCUUGGGGCACAAAAGAAGCUGCAAACACUUUAAGCAACUCAUCGGUAGCUUUUGGCCGAGAUGAGGAACCAAGUAUCGAACCCAAAUUAAAUCCACAAGUCUUCCUCAACCUGGAGACGUAUUGGGAAAUAUCCAUGUGUCACAGUGGAUAGCAAAAACAAGAUGGAGGAACGGGACCAUUCGCUCCCAAAUUGGUCUUAUUCCUCCCGGGCAGGGACACUGACUAGUUGGAGGCAGCUUGGCAGGGCAGGUGGCUGGAGAAGGCCUUCUGGCACCCCUGAAACCCACGAAUGGGACACGUGUUUUCCUGGGGUGGCAGAUUGACAAGGUUGAGGAGCCGGUGAGGGGCCUCAAGUAUGGCGGCUCUCGUCCAUGGAGCGGAAGUGCCCUCUCCUCCAUUAGAAGAAGACAAGACCGGCUUGCUUCAAGGGCAUAAUAAACACAUUCCCUUACUGGGCCUGAGUCCGGGAGACACCUGGAAAUUAAUGCAGGCACAGCCAGUACAGGGGUAGGGUGGCAAACCGAGGAAGAGUAUGCCCAAAUUCAAUUCAGGGUUAAGAGUAUUUGCCUGGGGGACUGUACACUUGUUAUAUUAAUUGGAAUAUAUGUAAAUGCAAUUAGAAAUAAAAUUGUGUGAUAUCCCCUCAUAUUUGAGAA